CCGGACCAAGUCCAACGUCUGCCUGCUAGGUGUUGUUCCUGAGCUGUGCCAGUGUCGAGAUUUGGAGCUGGACUGUGACAGCACUCAGCUUCAAGACAUUCCAGUUGUGGCCAUAAAUGUCACGAUGAUGUCCCUACAAAAAAAUGAACUUCAUAUACUGAAAGCCUUUGGGUUCUUUAAGUACCAGAGUCUACAAAAACUAUAUCUCCAGCACAACAAAAUUCAAGUUGUGAGUCCUGAUGCAUUCAGGGGCCUUUAUAACCUAACAAGACUAUAUUUGAGCUACAACAAGAUAACUGUCCUGAUGCCUGGUGUGUUCAAGGAUCUGCACAAGCUGGAAUGGCUGAUCCUAGAAAACAACCAUAUCCAUCAGAUAUCUGCCAUGACAUUUUCAGGACUAAACUCUCUUGUCUUACUGGUUUUGUUGAAUAACUCUUUGACACACUUUGAUGACAUUUGUCAAGAAAUGCCCAGACUGAACUGGCUGGAUCUGGAAGGAAAUUUCAUCGAAAUGAUUGGAAAUGUCUCUUUCCGCUCAUGCAGCAUGCUGACUGUUCUAGUUUUACAGCGAAACAGGAUCAGCUAUAUACACGAACAGGCUUUCUCAGUCCUUCAAAAGCUUGGAGAAUUGGACCUAUCCGACAACAGAUUGGCGGCAAUACCUCCCAAUCUAUUUGUCUUACUGGAGGAUUUGCUCCAACUGAAUAUAUCCUACAAUCCUAUUAUGGAGCUUCAAGUUGACCACUUUGACAAGUUAUAUAAAUUAAAGUCAUUGAGCAUAGAGGGGAUAGAAAUUGGAAACAUUCAACGAAGGAUGUUUGAACCUCUCAAAUAUCUAACUCACAUCUACUUUAAGAAGUUCCAGUACUGUGGCUAUGCCCCUCACGUGCGCAGCUGCAAACCCAACACGGAUGGCAUCUCUUCUUUUGAGGACCUGCUGGCCAAUAUUGUUCUGAGGGUCUUUGUUUGGGUCGUUUCCGCCACCACCUGCUUCGGCAACAUCUUUGUCAUCUGCAUGCGCUCGUACAUCCGCUCCGAGAACAAACUCCACGCUAUGUGCAUCAUCUCCCUCUGCUGUGCAGACGGGCUCAUGGGGAUCUAUCUCUUCAUGAUUGGUGCGUAUGACCUGAAGUUUCGAGGAGAGUACAAUCGGCACGCUCAGGCCUGGAUGGACAGCAGUCAGUGUCAGGUCAUCGGCUCUUUGGCCAUGCUGUCCACAGAAGUCUCCGUUCUGCUCCUCACUUAUCUCACCCUGGAGAAAUAUAUCUGCAUUGUUUACCCUUUCCAGUACUUAACUCCUGGCUGGCGACGAACUGUAACCAUCCUGCUCGGGAUUUGGGUGUUCGGCUUUAUAAUUGCCUUUCUGCCGCUGGCCUGCAAGGGAUUGUUUCGCAACUUCUAUGGGACCAACGGAGUCUGCUUCCCUUUGCACUCUGAGCAGCCUGAGACUGUUUGGGCUCAUGUUUACUCCAUUGUCAUUUUCCUUGGUCUCAAUCUGGUGGCAUUCCUCAUCAUUGUUUUCUCCUAUGCAAGCAUGUUUUACAACAUCCAGAGGACAGGCACUCAGACCACCAAGUACAGCAAUCACAUCAAAAAAGAGGUGACCAUCGCUAAAAGGUUCUUCUCUAUCGUCAUUACUGACUCCCUCUGCUGGAUCCCCAUCUUCAUCCUCAAGAUCCUGUCUCUGAUGCAGGUGGAGAUUCCCGGCACCAUCAGCUCUUGGGUCGUAAUAUUUAUUCUCCCCAUCAACAGCGCCCUGAACCCUAUCCUGUAUACACUUACCACACGACCUUUCAAAGAGACUAUUCUACAGGUGUGGGCAAACUACAGGCAGAAAAGACCCCUUUUCAGCGGUCACCCCCCUCAUCAACAGUCGUUCACAUGGCAAGAAAUGUGGCCCCUGCAGGAAAAUAGCCAAGCUGUAGCUCCAGGACAUCCACUGGACACAACAGACACAGCAGCCAAGCUCACCCCUGUGGAGAAUGCCUCUGAUGGACUCAAUGAUACAACCAUGUGCAUAAAGCCACAGCAAAAGCAACAUACUGUGCUGUCAGUGUACUCAAAGAAACAAAGAUUGCCGCACACACUCACGCAUAUCCACACAUUCACACAACCGGACAAACUCCUCUAAGUGUCUGGUGGCGGAGAUAUGUGGAUGUAUGUAACAUUCCUGUGAUAACAUUCAUCAUCUGAUAAAUACCGUUUAGUCCUUGAUUGGUGCCCAGAUUUCUUUUUCAUGGUUAAAAGUCGGCAGAGUCUUGUUUAUUACUGCUUUGUCUGAAAUUAUCUGGCUGUAUUUGUUUCGCAAAGAAGUGAAACUGUAAAGGAAAUCAACAAGUCAAACAAUCAUAAAGCGUUUGACACUGCUUUUGUGGCAAAGAUUCAAGAGUCAUAAAACUCUGGCUCAAUCAAGGCUAACAAAGACAGUGUUAUAGAAAUAUAACUUUUUACGUGUACAUAUCUUCAUGUGCCUGAGGGGGUGCUUGGGAUAUUGAUGAGUCAGGGCAUUGUCGUGUUGAUCUGAUGACGGCAGCUGUGUGAACUGAGUGAUGAUAUGUUAUGAUGGUGGCUUUCUUUUUAAUCACCUGGGCUUAAAAUUCAGAUAUAAUGGUCCGUUAUGUUAGGGGAUGGUUGACAGUCCAUAAUGGGAACAAGCUAAGAUUAAUUAUGAAAAGCUUACUUUCAAAAAGACACCAGCACUUUGGAUAUUGAUUUCUUCAGAAACAUAUGUGUUGUGUAUAGGUGUACAUUUGUUUUGCCUUUUUACAGGAUUACUCUCCUGAAUCUCAAAUGUACAAAGAGUUCUGAUGCUUAUUUCCACUGAAAAUCAUAAGAGGCAGUUGUCAACAUGAAUGACAGCAAGAAAUAUAAACCAUCAACACAAGAAAUUCAUUAUAAUCAGCCUUUCUUCUCAUCCGUAACACCAUAUUAGCAGCAAUAUAAAAAAUACUGAAAUACUGUUUAUGGAAAAUAAUAAAAAAAAAACAAUGGCUCUAAUUACAGUAGCCCUGUGGGAAUCAUUAAUGCACUGUAUCACAAAUAAGAUGGACUUAACUUGUGUUUUGAUGCCUAAGUGUUUGAUUUAAUAGCUUCAGUGCUUCACAGCACCCUUCUGCUCAGUCGCUUGUUUUGUUUAAUACAGAGCGAUGAUUCACAAGUAGAAUCCGGUCCCUGUUGUGGCCUCGGGUUCUGGUAGUGCAGCUUCUAUUGACUGCAGCACUCAGGAGGGAGAUGACUCAGUGUGUAGACAUACACACAUUAUUGUGUGUGCCACAACAAUUGCCUUCUUAACGUUUUUUUUUUCACCUCAGUGAUUAGAUAUGUGAUUCUGGGGUUGACUCAGUCUUUACAGAUAAUGGAACAAAAGACAGAUAGUAAUGUCUAUAAAUGACCCAAUGUUUUCUCUUUAGAUCCAACAUUGCUUUUUCAUCUUUAUUUAACUAAAACAUCUCUUUGGCUGCAAGCAUAUUUUCAUUUAUUUCCCUCUUUAUUUUCUUCUCAUCAACUCCUGAAGCAUUUAUUUCUUUAAUUGAUUGUCAUUAAAAUGUUAUCACUAGCAAUUGUUUAAGUUUCAUAAGUCACUAACAAGAAAUAUGUAGGUAGGUAAUAUUAUGAUUUAACGAUUACAGACCAGUUUUCAAAAGUUGGUUUAUAUAAAUGCAAAGCAUUCAUAUCCUGUUACAAACCAUUGCAACCAGGGAAAGUGUCUCCAGACUUUGAAAUUAUUUAAGGGGAAAAUAUCCAAUGAGAAUUAAUUAAAUUAAGUAAAUACUCAGAGGGAAUAGUUACAGAAUGAAGAAGUAUUGUAAUGAAGUCCAAUUAUAUCCGGUGUUUCAGUCACUGGGUUGAAUGGGAAUUGAAAUAAAAUUAUGUGAGUAUUAAGGGCCUAAAGUUUAAUGAAGGGUUUUUUUUCUUUGAGGAUUACUGCAGAUGCUGUGAGAAGUUUAUUUUUGUAGCAACAGAUACAACUAUUGCAAGAGCAUAUGCCAACACUUCUAUGCCUAAGUGCUUCAUACAGGAAGUAAUUGGACUUAAUACUGGUGCAAAGGGAGUGAGAA